AUGUCAUUUGAGAAGGUGUUUCGAAUAGCGGUAUUACAGGCAAAACACAUAUUCGAAGUCAAGGAAUCUACAGAUGGCAAAAUUUUGCCCAUCCGAGGUAUAGAAGCUAGAGUUCUGGAGCUAUUAUCCCAGUGUAUGCAUUUCAGAUAUGAACUUGUCAUACCAGAAGAUAGAGAAUUCGGUCAAUUACUAGAUAAUGGGCAAUGGACAGGAAUGAUUGGACUGGUUGUCAGAGAAAAGGCCGAUUUCGCAAUGAAUAUGAUUGCUUUAACAGGUGUUCGACGAAAAGUGCUGAAUUUCAGUUAUCCGUAUAAUGUAGAUGGAACAACCUUUUUCACCGAAGCUCCCACAUUAUUACCAAAAGGAUUGGCCUACUUUUAUCCAUUUGACUAUAUUUUGUGGAUAAUUAUACUAUUUUCAGUUUUUAUGGCGCCAUUUGUGUUUAAGUGCGUAUUUCGAAAUGUAUAUUCGUUGUCAAAAUUAUACUUCGAAGUGACCGGAAGUUUUCUAGGCUUGCCUUUUAAUGCAGUAGUACAAGAUUUUGGUUCACGCAUCCUUCUUUUGGCAUGGUUGUUUUAUGUAAAAAUUCUAGACUUAUGCUAUUGCGCUGUUUUGCUGUCUUUCGUAACAAUUCCUUUGAUGACCGAACCUAUACAGAACAUUCAUCAAUUGGCAAAUGCAAUUAAAGAAGGAAAGUUCGAAUGCUCCAUAUUUCGCGGGACAUCUGAUCAAGAAACAUUCUAUAGUGCAACGAGAGGACCCUUGAAGGUCAUUGCUGAUUACAUAAGGGGAAACAAUAAAUUGGUACCGCAUGGACUGACCAUCACACAAUAUAUUCCCAAUUCCAAAACGGCAUUGAUUGGUUCCAGAAGUCUCGUUCUAUUUAAUUAUUUAAGCGAAAAUUACAAACACUACAGCAUAUCAAAAGAUUUUUUCUAUACAACUCUGAUAGCUAUUCCUGUUUCGGAUCACUUCUGCUGCCUAAAGAAAAUGAAUAAGUGCAUUCAAAGGAUGUACGCGGGAGGCUUGUACAAAAAGUUCAUGGAAGAUGAAAUAUAUAUCCUUGUAUUAAAAUCCAUGCAAAAGCAAGACAUGACAGAAGACGAUUUGAUACUCAGAAUUGAUGAUAUCUAUGGGGCAUUCUUAAUUUUAGCAGGUGGCUGUGCUAUUUCUUUUCUCGUUUUUAUAUUCGAAAUCUUUUAUAGGAAGAAAAAAUGA